AUGGGACAAGCAGCUCAUGUUGAGCCUUCCAGCCCCGUUGAGCCACCAGAUGCCCGCAGCUGCGAGAGCCCUUUCAGCCUCCAAAGAAGUUGGUCUCCAAGCCAGAAUGGGAGUCACAUUGAGGCCAUCUGGGCUGCAAACCACACCCUCUCUUCCUCCUAUCAGCACUCCUCACCAGGGGUGGCCAUGUUCAUUGUGGCCCUCGUGCUGACCUUCUUCCUCUGCAUGGUGGGCAAUGCCCUGGUCUGCUUCAUUGUGCUCAGGAACUGGCACAUGCGCACCAUCAGCAACAUGGUCAUUCCCAGCCAGGCCAUCAGAGACCUGCAGGUGGGCAUCUUCUGCGUGCCUGCCGCUCUGGUGGCCUCCAUCAUUACAGGGUGGCCCUGAAACACCACAUGCAAGAUAAGUGGCUUGGUGCAGGACACGUCUGUGUCAGCUUCCAUUAUCACACUGCUGGCCAUUGAGGUAAGAAGAUUCCACUGCACUGUGCACCCUUUCUGCGAAAGGCUGACCCUGCAGAAGGUGCUGGUCACCAUUGCAGUCACCUGGGCCCUGGCCCUGCUCAUCGUGGGCACCUCCGCUGGCACCGUUAUGCACAAGGAGCACCAUUUCAUGGUGGACACUCACAUUUGCUCCUCCUGGCUCUACUUGUGCUGGGAGGCCUGGCCUGAGAAGGGCCACCAGGUCUACAUUGCCGUGCUCUUUUCACACACCUACUUCGCACCGCUGAAACUCGUCGUGGUCACGUACGCCCGCCUCAAGCUUGUCGAGGCCUCGGGCCCAGACAAGUGGGCAAGGAGGGCAGCUGGGAGCAGGUGGGGGCUCUGGCACAAGGCCAAGGUUGUGCACAUGCUAGUUGUGGGGGCACUCUCCUUCACCCUGUCCUGGCUGCCCCUCUGGGCACUGUGGCUGUUCACCCACCACCAGCAGCUCAGUGAGUUGCAGCGGCACCUGGUCCCUGUCUACUCCUCCUACUUCUUCCCCCUCGCCCACUGGCUGGCCUUCUUCAACAGCAGCGCCAGCCCCACCAUCCGGGACUACUUCAACAAGAACUUCUGCCAUGGCUUCCAGGCUUCCUUCCGUGCCUGGCUCUGCCCGGUACAGUAAGGGAGCCACCAGAGGACCUACUGCUCUCAUGGGUAGGUAGAGGCACAGCCGGACUCUGGCCUGCCCUCCGAGGUGGGUCCUGCAUCGGGAGCUCCCAGGCCUGGCUGCCUCCUGCCACACCAUGACCCCACAGCACACCAUGGCUUGGCUAGGGAGGGCCCUGGCUGCUCUCGGCCUGGGACAUUUGCGUGGCAUAGGGAGGGCAGCCCCUGA